AUGUCUUUCAACCGGAUCGCUGUCUAUGGCCAUCGUGGGCGUUUCAGUGGCCAGAUUGUUGCUGCUCUCAUCGAAUCCGGUGCCCCUAUCACAGUCUUGCAUCGUCCCAGCUCAGACACGUCCGGACUACCAGCCAGUGUUCGAAAGAUCGAAGUGGACGUACUAGACGUGGAUGCGCUCGUGGAGGCACUGCAGGACAUUGACAUCGUGCUGUCCCUCGUUGGUGACGAGGGCGUUGGCAGGGAACAUGGCUUCGUGAAAGCCAUCCCGAGAACCAACGUCAAGCUCUUCGUGCCGUCUGAUCUUGGUCUUCGCUACGGCGAAGAGGGGCUGAAAGUUCCCAUUAUCAAGAGGAAAGAAGAGCUCCAGGAGGCCGUCAGACAGGCAGGUAUUCCAAUGACGGUUGUGCUAAUUGCGAAUUUUGCUGAAUUCACCCUCAAUUGCCUAGCGAUGGGGGUCGAUAUCAGAGGCAACAGACUUGUAUAUACUGGCAACGCGGCGAAGGAAAAGGCCGCCAUGUGCACGGGGGAUUACGUCGCCGCUGCAUACGCUUCAAUCUUUGCCUCGAACCCUAUCCCUGCCAUCAGCAAUCGAGCUAUCGGUCUGUGCGAGCUUGCUCCUACGGGCCAAGAGAUCGCUACAGCCUUGAAGAACAAGCACGGUACAGAACCUGAGGUCAUUACACACAGCUUGGAAAAGGUCAAUGGGGAGCUUGAAAACUGCUACAAGUCAGAGUCCCCACUCGGUAUGGCUUGGUACAACCGCAAGAUAUGGGGCACGGGGGAGUUGGUGACGAUGCUUGGCUCCGAUAUUUGGGAGCUGCCUGGCUAUCAGAAGGCUACUCUGGAGGAGCUUGUCCUCGAAGAAAAGAUCAAGCCUUAUCGGGACCUGCCGGACUGGGUCCAGCAGUACUUGGCAGACAACAUGUUUUGA